AGAACGUAAAUACAAUAACGUUAUUCAUUCAUUGCCAAGAGUUUCAAAUGACAAAUUAAGAAAAUCGCUAUAUACAGAGAUGAAGACAAGCAGCAUGUUGUGACGGUGGAGGGGGGAGGGGGUCAGCUGUUCUUAGAGAAGAACAUUCACUUGAGAGAUCAGACACUCGCUUGCGAACAGCGCUCAGGACAACCGCCCUGCCAUGGCCAAGUCGCACCUCGCCAGGGUGGCUGUCGUGCUCCUCUGCUGGGAAUUCCUCGCCACCGCUCGUGUUACCAAGCAUGUAGUGCUCCAGUACAAGCACCCAGCUGAGGUGAACUUGGACGAAACACGGGACCUGACCAUGGCCACGCCACCAGAUACUGUCAGAUUUGUGAAGUACACAACUUUACAUGAUUACGACAUGAAAAUGAUAGCCUACAAGGACCUGGAGAAGUCGCAGUGUUACCUGGAACGAAUGAAGGACUCCGAAAGUGGCCUCAAGCAUACCUUGACAAAAAUUCAGUCACAAAGUCAGUCUUCGAAGAUGCAAGACGAAACAAGGACGAUGUAUGUCCCGGACAACAGCUUGUCCAAAUAUGAGGUGUGGAGACUAGCGGGGCCCAGAAUCUCCGGGUUCUGCCGUGGAUUCCUCACAUUCGUCCUUCAAGAACUGCGGCCUCACUUCCCAAGUGGUACUAGGAACAACGCGUUACCCGAUGAGCCGGCUCUCUGGCUGUCACACCUUCAAUAUGGAGAUGCUUUAUUGCAACGGGUCAAAGGCCGCGCAAAGCGCCAAACGACUUACACUACGAGGGGAUAUGGACGCCGGCAUAGAGGGCAGACACAGACACAGUACCUCGCCUUCCAAAAUGGUGGGAACGCAGGCAAAGCAGAGGCAGAGUCUUCGCCAGAUCUUUCAAGAACUCACGUUAGUGGUACAAAUGGAAUGGGUCAAGCUCAGAGUCAGACUGGAGAGGGAAAUGGGUGUGAAGGUUGCUUCCCUGGAGUAAGACCAUUUGGAACACCACAAGUGGUAGUACCUGGUGCAGUGGUACCGGCAAUAGGAGUACCAGGUGUCGGAUUACCUGCAGUAGGUAUACCAGGUGAAGGAGCUCCACAGGUACCAGGCAUAGGAGCACUGGGUGUGGGACCUCCUGAGGUACGAGUACCAGGUGUGGGAGUGCCGGGGGUACAAGUACCUGGUGUCGGAGCACCAGGAGUUCUAGGCAUAGCAGCACCUGGGGUAGGAGUACCAGGCGUGGGAGCGCCAGGAGUAGGAGUACCAGGUGUGGGAGCGCCAGGAGUUCGAAUACCGGGUGUGGGAAUACCAGGAUUAGGGGUGCCAGGACCUCCAGUUACUGGAAUUUAUCACCCAGGAGUUACAGGUGUCGGUGUACCAGGGGUUCCAGGUGUAGGAAUACCAGGAGCGAUUCCAAGUGUUGGUGUACCAGGGGUUCUAGGUGUAGGAAUACCAGGAGUGAUUCCAAGUGUCGGUGUACCAGGAGUAGCUCCAGGGGUUGGAAUACCAGGAGGGGUUCCAGCUGGUGUACCAGGAGUAGCUCCAGGGAUUGGUGUACCAGGAGGGGUUCCAGGAGUAGCUCUAGGGGUUCAUGUACCAGGAGGGGUUCCAGGGGUUGGUGUCCCAGGUGUUGGUGCUCCAGAAGUAACUCCAGAGUUUGGUGUACCUGGAGGGGUUCCAGGUGUUGGUGUCCCAGGAGUAGCUCCAGGGAUUGGUGUUCCAGGAGGGGUUCCUGGUGUUAGUGUACCAGGCGUAGCUCCAGGGAUUCGUAUACCAGGAGUAGCUCCAGGGAUUGGUGUACCAGGAGGGGUUCCAGGGUUUGGUGUACCAGGAGGGGUUCCUGGUGUUAGUGUACCAGGUGUAGCUCCAGGGGUUGGUGUACCAGGAGGGGUUCCAGGUGUUGGCAUACCAGGAGUAGCUCCAGAGGUUGGUGUACCAGGAGUAGCUCCAGUGUUUGGUGUACCAGGAGGGGUUCCAGGAGUUGGUGUUAGUAUACCAGGUGUGCCUCCAGGGGUUGGUGUACCAGGAGCGGUUCCAGGGGCUGGUGUACCUUGGGGGAUUCCAGGUUUUGGUGUACCUGGUGGAGUUCCAGCUGUUGGUGUACCGGCUGCAAUUCCAGGAACUGGUCUACCAUGGGGGUUUCCAGGAAGAAUUCCAGGUGCUGGUGUACCUCCAGGUGUUCCAGGUGUUGGAGUACCAGGAGGGAUUCCAAGUGUUGGUAUACCUGGUGUUGGUGUACCAGGAGGAGUUCCAAGUGUUGGAGUGCCAGGAAUCGUUCCAGGUGUUGCACCACCAGGAGCAAUUCCAUAUCAACCAGGGAUUUACCAGCCACCUGGUACAGGAAUACAAGUCGGUUAUCCAGGUGGAAUAGUAACACAACCACAGUAUGUACAACCUGGACGUGUAAAUGGUGUGUACACAGGCCAGGAAGUAUACUACGCAGCUGCUGGAGACUCUCAGGUUGAAAGUACUGUGAGACAAGAAGACAAGGAAACUCGUGCUGCUUCUUCCGCACAAGCGAAGUAUGGAGAAGGUACUGCUCAAACACAAGUGAGUGGCAUAUACUCUGGGACUGGAGCCUUCUCAGCACAAGCACAGACUAGUGAUAAAGGCCGUGGUGCACAGAGUCAAGUGGUUGGCGGUAAAGAAGGAGCAACAAGUACAGCACAGGGACAGGCUGGAAGUGGCAAGACUCAAUCACAGGUUCAACUGGGAUCAUCUAGUGGAGCCACAGCAGCUGAAGCACAAAGUGGUGGCCUAUAUUAUGGAACAAAUACUCAAGUCCAGGCAGGUCACCAAGGAGGAAUGGCUGAUGCACAAGCAAAAGGCCAAGGGAGCACAUCCAGUCAAGCCCAAAUUGGAUUUACACCUUAUCAGAAAAAUGACAGAACAAGUGGAUUGAACUUCCCUUUCCAUGGUGGUGGAUCAGCUUCAGCUCAGAGUGGAGCAUAUUCAGGACAGUCACAAAGCCAGAUUCAAGGUUCAUUUCUACAUGGUAUCUCCUAUACAGGUGCAGCGCAAGCUGGCUCAGGGCAGACAAACUAUAGUCGAACGGCCAAUAGUAAUUAUGAGAACUUUGGAGGUAAACUAGGAUUGGUUCAGUCAGGAAGUAGGGACAGUAUAUCUCAAAAUGGACUAUCUACAUCACAUGCCCAGCAACCAGGAUAUCAACCAUUUGCUUCAUCAAACAACAAUGCACCUUCAUCACACACAAUUGCUCAGCAGCAAACUCAUGAACGUGAGAGAAGUGGGCAAGAAGACGCAGCUUUACCACAUCAUAGCGACAAAUUAAGCCGGUAUGAUGAUGAAGCAAUCAGACAGCCUCAUUCUUUCACAGGCACAGAAACGGCCUCUCAACAUGGAGAGUCCAGCAAUUUAGGAGUCACAAGGAAUGGAAAUGGUAGAGUACAAGGAGGAUACAGAAUUCAGACACAUGUGAACAGAAAUGACACAGGACACAUAGGUGCACCAACACAAACUCAACAUAUUGUUCUCGGUCCACUGAAUGGGCAUGGUGCACAUAUUGUUCAGGACUCAGACGAUCAAGAUCAAUAUAGUCCUGGAGAUAUUUUGCAACCAGGCCAAACCAUACAUGGCACUCCAGAAUAUACCAUACCAAAGGGAUACAGAGGCCGCAUAACAUCAGUUGCAGGUCCUCAGAAGACAUCUGCUCAAGGAGGUCAGUCACAAACUGUUGUUAUAACACCUGGGCUUGGUAAUGUAACAUACACUAAUCUUUCUGCAGGAAGGUACCAACCACCAGUUAUGAGUAUCCCCGUAGGCCAGCAGGCUGCUGAUGGGGGUUAUGAACAAAAGAGUCAAUCAGGCCAUGUCGGCAGUGAAGACACACAAUUACGAAAUGGUGGUCAACCAUCAUUUCCUGUAAGACGAAAUGGGAGCCAAUUCAACCAAAGGAGUGGCAGGACAUCAAGAAAUGGAAACCACAUUAGGAAUGGACACUCUUUGAACACCUACCACCAACCCACACCUGACAGUUUUGUCACAGUUACCAAAAGUGUAACAGGACAACUUGACAAUGGGAAGGCAAACAACAGUACAGGGAAAUACACUCACACUUACUACACCAAGUCCUCAACAUGUGGUUACUUUACAUUCUCCUGCAAUAUUGUCUUUGGUUCAAAUGGUAGAACCAAAAUUUGCAAGCCAAAUCCCCAAACCAAACCUGAUGGUACACCAUGCUGCUGUUAGCUAUUUCCAUCUUGUUACCAUGCGGCUUCAUAUUUAUAUGUUUUCUACACUGCCAAUAAUUAAUGUCAUACUGACAAGUCCACACAAACAUGUAUUUUACAUUGACAACAUCCCAAGCUUCAUCGGCUAAUUUAAUUUGUAAGUACUUGUAUUAAACCACAAAUUAUUCCAGUUGUUGGUCUACACAUAAGCCAUUUUCUGUAACUGAACACCUCAAAUUCUCAUUUUUAAAUUUUAAACUUACAUGAGGAUCCAACUUUCUUACAAUUAGUACAAAUACAUAGGACAACAAACCACAAUAUGAGAUCACUGACGAGGAUGACAAAAUGUGUACACAAAAUAAAUAAAAAAAAAACACUGAGUUACACAGCAAGUUCCCAUGUGCAUAUUUGUACUUAAUUUUUAUAAUAAGAACAAACAGUCAUACAAAGUCUGUAAGCAGUGAUUACUCGCCUACAAUACCUCAUUCAGUCCUGUCAGCAUGGUACUACCACAACACUGAACGUUCUCUAUUAAAUAAGAAAUCAAGAUACCUCCAAGCCAAAUGUUUUCUAGCAUACAUGGGAAAAAUUAUAUGUACGUUCUCUCAUAAUGUCAGAACUUUAUUCUCAGUUAUUAAAAGAAAUAUAAUUAUAAUGAGGGUGAUUUGUCAAAUAUCUUGAAGCACAAUCUUAUAAAAAAUUUAAAAAUCAUGUAACAUAUUUUUUUGAAUUUGAGACAUCUUGAAAAAGCGCAUUAACUGUUACUGCAAUAACAGUACACUAAAUGCCAACAGUUUCAGGUUUAAAAACAAGACUUUCAGAAGACUAAACUGCAAUUCUGAAUACACACUUAACCACUUAAAAUUAUUCACCACCAGCAUCAAAAGGCCAUUUUAAACCUACAGCCUGAUUUCUUGAUCCUACUACUUCAAGAAAGCACAUACUGUCUGUGAAUUGAUAUUAUUUGCUUGCUGGAGAAGAUUAAUAGAUUUAUGAAAUAUUUCUUCUGGGAUUGUAUGUGACUUCUAACCUCUGCCUGAAGUGUGUUAUGAAUUAUGCAGCAUCAGGAAAUUCUGGUAAAAUUUAACUGCUAUGUAUACAUACUAGUAUGACAUACACCUAAUUGUUUCUCUAUUACUAGAUUGAAGGUUAAGCAUUGCUAUUACAGAAGCCUUCUAAUAAACCCAAUCAAAUCUACUUUUAUCACUCACCUUCCAGGAAUUACUGGGGUUUUUUUUACUUUUCCAUAUUCUAGAAAACUAGAAAACACGUUUUGGAAACUGGAUCGGUUU